CGCUCCCGCUCGGCGUACUUGUCGCCGCGCCAGCCCCAGCGAGCCGGCUCUCCCCGCCCCGCCAGCCCGGGCCCUACCUGCGGCCGCCGUCGGGGGAGGGGGGUCCCCCCAGCUCUGCGGAGCCGCAUGAACAAUAGGCGGCGGCGGCUCCUGCGGGCGGCGGCAGCCCCGCACCCUAUGGAUCGGCCGCUCCAUGGAGCCCUCCAGAGCGCUUCUCGGCUGCCUGGCGAGCGCCGCCGCUGCCGCCCCGCCGGGGGAGGAUGGAGCGGGGGCCGGGGCCGAGGAGGAGGAGGAAGAGGAGGAGGAGGCGGCGGCGGCGGCCCCGGGGGAGCUGGGUUCCGAUGCACCGCUGCCCUACUGGACGGCGGUGUUCGAGUACGAGGCGGCCGGCGAGGACGAGCUGACCCUGCGGCUGGGCGACGUGGUGGAGGUGCUGUCCAAGGACUCGCAGGUGUCCGGCGACGAGGGCUGGUGGACCGGGCAGCUGAACCAGCGGGUGGGCAUCUUCCCCAGCAACUACGUGACCCCGCGCAGCGCCUUCUCCAGUCGUUGCCAGCACGGCGGCGAGGACCCCAGUUGCUACCCGCCCAUUCAGUUGUUAGAGAUUGAUUUUGCGGAGCUAACCCUGGAAGAGAUUAUUGGCAUCGGGGGCUUUGGGAAGGUCUAUCGUGCUUUCUGGAUAGGGGAUGAGGUUGCCGUGAAAGCAGCUCGCCAUGACCCCGAUGAGGACAUCAGCCAGACUAUAGAGAAUGUUCGCCAGGAGGCCAAGCUCUUCGCCAUGCUGAAGCAUCCCAACAUCAUUGCCCUUAGGGGGGUGUGUCUGAAGGAACCCAACCUCUGCUUGGUCAUGGAGUUUGCCCGUGGAGGGCCUUUGAAUAGAGUGUUAUCUGGGAAAAGGAUUCCCCCAGACAUCCUGGUGAACUGGGCUGUGCAGAUUGCCAGAGGGAUGAACUACUUACAUGAUGAGGCAAUUGUCCCCAUCAUCCACCGCGACCUUAAGUCCAGUAACAUAUUGAUCCUCCAGAAGGUGGAGAAUGGAGACCUGAGCAACAAGAUUCUGAAGAUCACUGACUUCGGCCUGGCUCGAGAGUGGCACCGAACCACAAAGAUGAGCGCAGCGGGGACGUAUGCUUGGAUGGCACCCGAAGUCAUUCGUGCCUCCAUGUUUUCCAAAGGCAGUGACGUGUGGAGCUACGGGGUGCUGCUUUGGGAGCUCUUGACCGGCGAGGUGCCCUUCCGAGGAAUCGAUGGCUUAGCUGUGGCUUACGGAGUUGCCAUGAACAAGCUCGCCCUUCCCAUUCCUUCUACAUGCCCAGAACCUUUUGCCAAACUCAUGGAAGAUUGCUGGAAUCCUGACCCUCAUUCACGACCAUCUUUCACAAAUAUCCUGGACCAGCUAACUACCAUAGAGGAGUCUGGCUUCUUUGAAAUGCCCAAGGACUCCUUCCACUGCCUGCAGGAUGACUGGAAACACGAGAUUCAGGAGAUGUUUGACCAACUCAGGGCCAAAGAAAAGGAGCUGCGCACCUGGGAGGAGGAGCUGACGCGGGCCGCGCUCCAGCAGAAGACCCAGGAGGAGCUGCUGCGGCGCCGCGAGCAGGAGCUGGCCGAGCGGGAGAUCGACAUCCUGGAGCGGGAGCUCAACAUCAUCAUCCACCAGCUGUGCCAGGAGAAGCCCCGGGUGAAGAAGCGCAAGGGCAAGUUCCGGAAGAGCCGGCUGAAGCUCAAGGACGGGAACCGCAUCAGCCUCCCUUCCGAUUUCCAGCACAAGUUCACGGUUCAGGCCUCCCCCACCAUGGAUAAAAGGAAGAGUCUCGUCAGCAGCCGCUCCAGUCCUCCCGCGAGCCCCACCGUCAUUCCUCGCCUUCGGGCCAUCCAGUUGACACCGGGUGAAAGCAGCAAAACCUGGGGCCGGAACUCAGUCAUCCUGAGAGAGGAAGGGGAGGAGGAGGAGAAGAGGGCCCCCAAGAAGAAAGGACGGACGUGGGGGCCAAGCACGCUUGGUCAGAAGGAGCUUGCCUCCGGAGAUGAAGGAUCCCCUCAGAGACGUGAGAAAGCUAAUGGUUUAAGCACCCCAUCAGAAUCUCCACAUUUCCACCUGGGCCUCAAGUCCCUGGUGGAUGGUUACAAACAGUGGUCGUCCAGUGCCCCCAACCUGGGGAAGGGCCCGAGGAGUAGCCCAGCGCUGCCAGGGUUCACCAGCCUUAUGGAGAUGGAGGAUGAGGACAGUGAAGGCCCCAGAAGCGGGGAGGGUCGUCUACAGCAUCCACCCAACCAGUCCUACCUCUGUAUCCCAUUCCCUCGUGGAGAGGACGGAGAGGGCCCCUCCAGUGACGCAGUCCACGAGGAGCCAACCCCGGUCAAUUCGGCCACCAGUACCCCGCAGCUGACGCCCACCAACAGCCUCAAGCGGGGCGGCGGCCACCACCGCCGUUGUGAGGUGGCCCUGCUCGGCUGUGGGGCUGUUCUCGCAGCCACGGGCCUGGGGUUCGACCUGCUGGAAGCCGGCAAGUACCAGCUGCUUCCCCCGGAGGAGCCUGAGCCCCCAGCCCGGGAGGAGAAGAAGAGGCGCGAGGGUCUUUUCCAGAGGGCCAGCCGGCCUCGUCGGAGCACCAGCCCCCCCUCCCGGAAGCUCUUCAAGAAGGAGGAGCCCAUGCUGCUGCUGGGAGACCCCUCCGCCUCCCUGACGCUGCUGUCGCUCUCGUCCAUCUCGGAGUGCAACUCCACCCGCUCCCUGCUGCGCUCUGACAGCGACGAGAUCGUGGUGUACGAGAUGCCCGUCAGUCCGGCCGAGGCCCCGCCCCUGAGCCCGUGCACCCGCAACCCCCUGGUCAACGUCCGCGUGGAGCGCUUCAAGCGGGACCCGAACCAGUCCCUGACUCCCACCCACGUCACCCUCACGGCCCCCGCGCAGCCCAGUGGCCACCGGCGGACUCCUUCCGACGGGGCCCUCAAGCCAGCGGCUCUCCUCGCCAGCAGGAGCCCCUCCAGCAAUGGGCUGAGCCCCAGCCCUGGAGCAGGAAUGUUGAAAACCCCCAGCCCCAGCCGAGACCCAGGUGAAUUCCCCCGUCUCCCUGACCCCAAUGUGGUCUUUCCCCCAACCCCAAGGCGCUGGAACACACAGCAGGACUCCACCUUGGAGAGACCCAAGACCCUGGAGUUUCUGCCUCGGCCACGUCCUUCUGCCAACCGGCAACGGCUGGACCCUUGGUGGUUUGUGUCCCCCAGCCACGCCCGUAGCGCCUCCCCAGCCAACAGCUCCAGCACGGAGACGCCCAGCAACCUGGACUCCUGCUUUGCUAGCAGCAGCAGCACUGUGGAGGAACGGCCUGGACUUCCGGCCUUGCUCCCAUUCCAGGCGGGGCCGCUGCCCCCCGCUGAGCGGACGCUUCUGGAUCUGGAUGCGGAGGGUCAGAGUCAGGACAGCACCGUGCCGCUGUGCAGAGCUGAACUGAACACACACAGGCCUGCCCCUUAUGAGAUUCAGCAAGAGUUCUGGUCUUAGCGUGAAAUGGGCUGGGGGCGGCCAAGGGGGAAGCAGGAGGAGAUUGGGGGAGCUGGUUGGCACAGCCCUUUCUCAGAGUUGGACCCCCCCUGAAAUCCAGCCCUACUUCUUGCACUGAUAAUGCACUUUGAAGAUGGAAGGGGCGGAAGCAGGGCCACUUCAGAGGGUCCCCUGCCCUAUAGGGCCUUUCUACCCACGUCCACUGGAAGGGGCUGUGGCUAUCAGCUCUGGCUGUGUAGGGGAGAGAGGGGUGCGUGCAUGUCCCCCAUCCUCCACAGUCUUCCUCGCCUUUCGGGUGGCCCUGCGGGGUCACUCAGCCAAAUUUGUCUGCUGCUCCCUCUCCUGAGCCCCCGGGUAAGCCCAGAGCCCAUCCUGGAGCCCUCGUAUUAGCCCUGAGUUCCACCUUUCCAAACACCAGUAUUGGAUGUUCUGUGAUUGAUUUUUGCUCCUCUUCCACAUCCUUCCCCAACAUCUAUGAAUCCGCAUCUCAGCUGGGGUAAAAUAGGAGCUUUUCCGGGUCCUCAGCCCUUACGUGCCAGCCAGAGGACCGAGGGCAUGGUGCCCCGGCGUGGGGCACAGGAGUUGCCGGACCCGGCACUGACCUGCCUGUGUUUCCAGGUGCCCCCUCCCUGCAUUUAUUUGAGCCUUGCAGGGAUGAGGGGACCUGCCUCAAUGAGAACUGGGGGGAGGGGGAGGAGGAGUUAGGAAACCCAGAGUCAAGUGGCAGCCAAGAGAGUCACAGAGUCUGUCCUUGUUCCUUUUGGAAUCGUGCAAAUAAGGGCAGAAACCAGCACCGUUGAUGGCAUCCAUCUCCUACCUGGGGUCUGGACAUGGCCAGACCAGUUUCUGCCCCAAACAUGCUCAUCCCAGGGAUCAUUUCUUGGGAGACUCACUCACCGGUGCCAGUUCUGAAGCCAGAGACGAAGUUCCUGCGCUUGUCCAUUUUGUUGUCUGACCUUUAUGUGUGACGCCCGCCCGUCCCUUGACCUUUCCUCCCAUCCUGGGAUCAGUGGACUUUGGGUUGUGUGUGUGGUUGGUAGAGACUUUGUGCCGCUCCAGAAGAGCUUAUUGGUGGGGGCAGAGUGGGGGCUCCUGGACAGUGGGAGCCAGAACUGGGGGGAUACCUUCUCAGCCAGGCCGUCCAUUCCGGGAUGCCCUUGAAGGAAAACGGAGCCUUAGUGGUACCUUCCACAAAUGGACACGGUGAGGCCAUGAUGUUUGUAAGGUGCUCAGUGAGCCCCUAAUGAUUGUGCCCCAAGCUUCAAGCCCUGGGCUCUGCAGGCUGACCAUGGUCCCUUGUCACGUACACAGGACGCCCCGAUGCUGGGCUCUGGACCCUGCAUGGGGUUGGAAGGAGAGCAGAGGCCAACCCCUACUUUUCUGGAGUUCGUUUCCUUGACUUGAAUGUUGAGUUGCUUCUAGAGCUUUCUCCUGUGUACUUUCACUUCUCCGCUUACCCUGAGGUCUCCUGUGUCAAGUGUGAACAAUUGUCUUGUGCGGGACACACACAUGAACUUGAUGGGGAGCAGAGCCUUAGGUCAUGCCUCUCUCCCCUCCAGACUCUCCAAACGUCGCUUCACUGUCCUCUCUCACAGAAUAGUUCCCUGGAGAUGCUGCCAGACAGCCUGCGGGCUCCCUGUGGUCCGGGAAGGGGAGUGGGGGCAACGAAGCUGGCUCAGGUGAUGACUUUGGUCCCUGCUCCGUCUCUCCCUGUAACUGAUAAAGUCCCAACCUGGGAAUGAAGGAAGGGGUAACCUCAGCUUUCAAAUGGCUCCUUGUUUGAUGAGCUCAGUGGCACUCUGGCGCAAGGGUGCCACCUCAUCUCGGGUGGGAGGCGCGCUCAGUGUAUUGCCCCUGGGACUUGGCCGUCCUGUGUCAUCUCUCCUUUGUGCAGUGAAGACUGCGAGGGACCAUUUUUGCCUCCACCACCACCCCCCCCCCAGCCCCUUGGCCAGAAGGGGAAAAAAUGUGAAUCGUCUCCACAGUUCCAGCCCACCAAGUACUCCCCUUUGUUCUUGAUGGGGAGAGGGCCGCAGGUGGUCUCUUCCUUGCCCUUCCCCAGGACUCUCCAUAGCCCCGUUCCUAAGUCACUAAUGCAUUUGCAAACUCUUGGCUCCGCUGAAUGGCCCCUCCGCGGGGUGCAGCCUACAGCAAGAUCCAAACCCGCUGGCUCUGGGCCGCGCUCUGCACGGUGAGGCAACUGACGGUUCUCUACUUCUCGUUGUUUCUUGGGGUGGUAGCCAUCUCUGUUGGGAGCGGCAGCAUGACUGUUGCAGUGCUGGCUGCAUGGCGGCCCCUUGGCCUUGCGUGAGAGGUGGAACCCGUUUCUCACUCCCCACCCGGAGGGAAGACGGGACGCCUGGGUCCGCUGAGGGUAGAAUUGCACGUGCGAGAGGCAGAAGCAGGUUUAGUCUGAAGCGGCUUCGGGGAGCUCGCCCGGGGACAGAGGAGUUCCUUCUCAGCUCCUCCAAACCCUGUCUCUGAUGGGCCCCUGCCCGCUGCACACACUCUCUCUCUCUGUGGGGCGAGGCUCGGUUGAAUGCGGAUCCUGUGUAGUAAUGGGUUUGAGUUGCUUUCUGUCCACCUCGGCUCCCCGGCCUCUGUGGCCGCGGUCAGGAGCAGGCCUUGAAGCUGGGGUCAGCCCCGGCCGUGGCAUUAGCCAGCAUCUCCUGUUCUCUUUGCUUCUCUUUCCUCAGGAACACUUACCCUCUGCCCUUGGCAGGUGCUCACUACCUAGAAUGUGGUGACGGGAAGCGGGUCCUGCUUUCUGGUCCUCCUCCCCAGAUCCUUCCACGGAUUCUAAACAGGAUUAUCCUCUAUUUACCCCCUUGGGGAUCCAGGCCAUUGCCAGGGCCUGAGUGGAUGUCCCCACUUUCCCCAAAUGUUAUUUCUGAGAGGCUCUGGAGGUGGUCUUCACCUCGCAUCCUGUAGUACCCCCGGGUCCGGGGGUGGUGGUGACGAUAGCUCACAAGGGUCCACUCAGAAUGAUGCUAACCUUUCCUCCCGGCCUUUACAAGCUUGCAUCAUUGUCCUGAUACACUUGCUGGUACAGAAGAGGAAGCGCUUCAGGAGGAAGACAUUCAAGGGAAGAGAAAUUGAAAAGCUGUUUGGGCUGGCUGCUGAGUUGGGCACCGAGCUCUUGAGCCCUGAGCAAGGUGUCUCUCUCCCACUUUCUGCUUUGCUCUCUGGCCUCGGGCUUGGUCUUUCGCUCCUCUCACAUUCCCUUCCUGUAAAAGCCACCGUUACCCGCUUCCCUGUCAAGGCCUUGAGGACACGUAUCCCAGCAGGUCAGCGAAGCCCUCCGCUCCCUGCCGACCAUCAGGACGGACUGCUGGCUUCAGCAGUGUGGUUCUCACCACUUCUGCCUCUGAGGGACUUGCCUCCUGUUCCUUCCUUUGGUUUCUGGAAGAGUAGUGCUUUGGAGUUGGCUUAGUCUGGGGGCCAUGGUCAGGCGUGUGUUCUUCCACAUUUAUGUGGCACCUGGUGUUUGUAAGCGCCCUUUCUACUCCCCCCACUUCACUUGUCCUGCUGGUCCUCACUGUCACUGUCUUAGGAAGGAGGACCGAGGAGACGGGGAGGCCGGAGGCAGUGUCAGAAUGACAGUUUGGGGUCUCAGAUUUUUUUAGGAGUCAUUCCCAGAGUCUGCUUUGUUCAGAGACUGGAAUCGGACCAGUUCCUGGAAGAAAGUUUGUGGGAAGGUCCGCCGGCCCUUGAGAUCCAUGUCCCGGUGUGAGGCUCUUUACAAGGCCCCUAUUCCCUCCGGCCAUGGUUGCUCAGGGACACAGCAAGACACCCCAAGGGCACCCAGGUGUGGCUUAUGGUCCACACUCUUGCUCCUCAGUUCCCACAGUGGAGGCCCCCUCCUCCCUCUGUCCCCCUACAAGCGGGAGACAGCGCCCGAGCAUUGCUAACUCUUCCAGCACACGUUUCACAAAAGCAGAGAGCAGUGGACUCUGAAGGCCGGACGGCUGCGAAGGGGAUGCUUCAGGGAGCCUUGACCUUUUCUCCCAUGUUUAAUUAAGCCUGUGCUUUUGACUCAGGUAGGGGAGGGCCCCCCCUUCAGGCAGGUGAGGAACAUUCCGUUGCCUCUUGAAGGAUUUUGGGGAAGAAGCAGAUUUGUCCUUGCUGUAGUGCCAGGCUUUUCCAGAAAGCUCUGCCAGAGUCUGUGGUGUCCUGGGUCAGAAGUGAGAGCAGCCCACAGCACGUUGUGUUCCCAGGUGACCAUCGUGGCAGGAGUGGCAGACUAAUGGUUACCUGAGCUGUCUCCAUACUAGCUUACUAGCUAUGUGGAGUUGCAAAUGUUUCUUCCCCUCUCUGGACCUCUGAGCCCAACCAGGAACUAAGGGGGAUGCUACCUUCCCUACCCGAAGCACGAAAAAGCCCUUUAACUUCAAAAUGUGUGAUUCUGGAACCGAGGGUCCAGCACCGAGGAGCCUCCCCUUGCUGGAUCGCUUCUCUUUGCGGAGAAAAUGUGUGCGUGCGUGUGUGUGUGUGUGUGUGUGUGUGCGUGCGUGUGUAUGUGUGCGUGCAUGCAUGUGUGUGGUUGUAGGUCAAAACCAGUCGAAUCUUGGCAGUUUCCUUUGGUUCAGCAUGCUGGGCCACCUGCCUCUCCCCUUGGCUUCAGGCCUAGGGAUGAGUUCUUGUCAGGCUACUUUCAUUCCUCGCAACACAAUCCCAAAUGCUCCCUUCUUUCAGACGAAUCCUUGCUCUCUUAGAUCAGGAAUUCAGAUUAGUGAAAAUCCACACUAGAAAGGAAAACGCGUUGCUGUGCUGGGAGUCCUCGGUCCCUAGCUCCUCCCCUGCCUGGCCACCCGGGCGCUGCCCAUCGCUGCCCAUCGCGGGCACUGGUGUUUGAAGGCAGAGACCCGAGUCCUGGCUAAUGAAGCGAAGUCCCGGGAUUUAGGUUCCUAGUUAAGCUGACCCCGCUCUGCAGGCCGGGGGAGCCUCUCGUCAGCCUCUCCGCUUGCUGACUAUUUCCCAUUCUUCCCGGUGAGACACUGGCAGCAACUCCCUCCUUUGUUCAUUUCCUGUCUUGGGCCCGUGUCCUCCCAGGCUGCUCAGGGAGCCCUAGGGGUAGUCGUUCUGAAGGUUGGGCUCCUUCCUUAACUUAGAGCCAGGAGGACUGGCCUUCCUGAUUCUUCCUGCCUGUGGCUCCCUGCAUUCCCCGCCUAUAGCCUUGCCCUGGGUCCCUUGGUCACCGCUGCAGUGAGACCAGAGAAAAGCCCUUGUAGUGAGUUACACUCCCUCGGUCCCCAGCUGUAUCAAAGAAGGGAGGUGACGAACUCGUCAGCUUUCUCCUCUGAGUUUUCUCACUGUCCACCCUAAACACACAGACUCGCACACUCACGUGCUUGCACACAGAUUUAAACUGAAUUUUCUGGAGGAUUAAGGAAAGAGGUUGGUGAUGGGUUUUACUUGGUUUGCAGAAAUGCCUUCUUUGGGAUUUUCCUCCCUGUUCGAGCCUUUGAGUCUAGGUGAAAAAAGUGAAAGUUCACAUUUGUGUUCGUUUUGUUUCUCUGGAAUUAGCUAUUCGUUUUCAUCCCUAGGUUCCAGUGUCUUGUCCACACGUCCUGACCCUGUGUCCUUGAAUUCCCAUUUUGCUUUGGGAUUUAAGUUAUUGUAAUUUGUCAACAAUAUUUAAGACUAGAAAAGCCCAGAAGGAAACUUACCAGGUUCUUUUCUUUGGCU